GUGCUAAAAUGACAAGUGCAGAUGUUAUUUACGAGAAGAUCCACAUGGGACAUGAUCCAAAGUGGAGCGGACGGCUGGGGCCUGCAGAGGGGGGCGGCCUGUUUCUGUGUGUAGCCUGUGUCAUCGAAAUGAUGGAAAGCAACGACAUAGCGUCAGUGAGGAAGUCUGCUGCCUUGUCUGGUAUCAGUGGGGUGAUGAAGUGUUCUCCAGGAGCCCUGAGAGCGCUGUUGCUUCAGGACCACAGAGUCUGUCUGCAUUUCACAGCUUGUCUACUAGGGAUGCUUCACACCGUGGAGGACCCAGUCACUCUGGAACAGGUCGACCAAGUGCUGGUCCAGCUGCUUCUGGAGCUCCAGAGUGAAGAAAACAUUCACUUUGUUUUGGAUGAGAUACACAAACAGCUGACUGACCAGCUCAGUAUAAGGUGUUUUGUACCAACUUUCAACUUCUUGGGGAAACUUAUAGAGUCUGUGCCAAAUCUAGCCCAGAACCUGGUGGCUCAGUAUGGGCCUUUGUUAGAGUCCCUGUGUUUGGCCUUGCUGUACCCAGAUGAAGGUCUGAAGGCAUCAGUGCUCUACGUGUGGCUCAGGCUGUUCAGUGCAACUGGUGGCUCAGCAGCUCAAUCCUUACCCAUCACCGUCAGGGACAGAGUUUGUGGCUUGUUACUGCAGAUACUGGCUAAUGCCAGCUCCUCUCAGCUCAUCAACAACUGCAUGGGUCUGCUCUGGCAGCUGGUGAAGAUUGCAGAGGCAGUGUCAGUACUGAUGAACAGCUCUGGUGAUCAGAUCAAGUGGAAUGUGAACCAAAAGCUCCAAACCAGCAACAACCAGAUCCUCAGCCAGAGUCAAGAGCAGCUAAGGGACUGCUGUUCCCUGCCUCUUCUACUGAAAAAGUUGCUGCUGAGUGGUGAGGAGAUGUUGCAGAUGGCCAGUGCUAAGUGUAUGGCAACCAUUCUAGGUCAUUCCCCACGUCAGUACAGUGCCCCCUUCAUCAAGGCUGAUGUACCUGAGUUUCUUUUUGAGCGUCUGGCCAGCAGUGCUAAUGAGGUGCUGCUGUGGUCUGUCUACAGCUGUCUACUGCUGCUAACGGAGGACCCACUGUUCUUCUCCAAGUUUCAUUCAGUUUAUGGUAUUGAAUCCUUGGUACGCAGCUUGAAGGAGGCUCUACGACUGACCAACCUCGAAGUACCAAAACAAGGUCUGCUGCUUCUUAGUGAGAUACUGGAAAGGCAGCCCUUAAGUGUGCGCCUGUUUCCCAGUGUUUCUGCGUUUGUGUCUGUUCUGGAGUCUGUGGUGUUUGGAGUUUCUUCCUCAUGUCUGCUGGUUGCCACGCAGGCUGCCAAAGCAGCCUCGACUCUGCUUCGACUAAACCAUCAGUCCAGUCCAGUCCAGUACAAAGAGAUUGAAGGACUGAUAGAGGCCAUCACCAGCAGAUGCGCUGAACUUCCACUACCCACCUCUGUUCUACGAAGAAGCGCUGGGAAUCUGAAGCGGUCUGAACCCAGCAGCCAGACUUCCAGGUCCAGAAAGUUUCUGCUCCAGGCUAUGGUCUGUUUCCAAGCUGCUUGCAGGUUGGCUGAGGAGUGUGCGUUAGAGCCUGUUCUCAAGGAGAAUGCAUUUACUGCUCCAUCAAAACACGGCCACGCUGAGGAUGACUCACUGGAGUGUUUGCGUCUGUGUUUGCUGCGCUGCUGCGACUCAGUCUGGAUACCUGCUGUCACUAGAAUGAGUGAGUUUGCUCCCAGCGCUGAUGUGCUACAGUAUUUCUACUCCAUUCUGUCCUUCAUGUUCACCCUCCUUCCCUCUCACAUGCCUCUCUUUGCAUGUAAACUAGCAUCCUCUGGUUUCUACAGACUGGCUCUGGAACACAAAGGUGUCCUGUGUGGAGGAAACAGGAACCCAAACCUGAAUACAACUUGCUGUGGGUUUAUACAGAAACUCAGCAUGUGUCUUCUUUCGGACUCAGACCCUGUGUCUGGGUCCAACCAGCAUGAUGCUGAGGAGGUGAAUGAUCUCCUGCAAUGGAACCUGCCUUCUCUGUGUUGCCAUUUGUCAGAAUGGCCCUCUCUGAUGUGUGAAGCCCCGGGGCUCCAGCUGUCUGAAAUCAAAGGUCCCAGAGCCACUAAAUAUUGUCUAGUCAUAAUGUUGCACAUCGCCCUGCAGCAAGGAGACAGACUGCUUCCAGACCAGACAGUGUUCUCCAGUGUGGUAUGGCUUUUACGAUCAGUGGAGGAGCACGGCCUCAUGCCUCGAUCUGUGCUCCGCUCUGCCCUCUAUCUGUUGGCAGUCACACAAGACAAGAACCCAAACCUUGACUUGGCUUCUUUGAACAGCAUCACCAAGGAACUCUCCUCCUGCAAUGACUUCUGUUCCCUCUACAUUCACCAUCCUCCUCUGCUCCACUUCAUUUACCGCUACCCGGAGCUAGCAGAGAGAUUUGGAACCGUUGUCUUAGAACUUUGGCUGGCCAGACAGUCACAGCAUGCUGAAGCAGAACAGACCAUGGCAGAGAGGCAGGUGAAAGGGAAGAGCUUGACAGAAAUGAACAAAGAUCAGGAGCCAGACCCAGAUACAAUGGAGUUACUGAUUCUAAUCAAGGAGCAUCCAGCUAUCAUAGUGACCCUCCUGGGGAUGGUGUGCACUAAGAGGCCUCCCCUGUCAGAGCGAGCACUAGAGGUGUUGGCAGCUCUCUUACAUGGUCAAAGAGGCUAUGAGGCAGAGCUGUCUAUCAAUCUCAGGCCGGCUCUGCUCCAGGCACUACAGCGAAUAAGUGUAGAGAACAGCCACGGUCUUGGACGGGGGAACACUACUCCGGUGGAUUCUCUCCCUCUUGUGCUGAGGCUGCUCUGUGUGACACAAGCCACUGAUCCUCCCUCCUCUUCCUCCUAUAGUGAGAUGGACGGCGUGCAAUUCAAGCUGUUCUACCACGUGAGUACCAUUGCAGGAAAGUUGACGUUUGCCAACACAGCCGGCCUGCUGCCUGCCCUCAGCUACCUACACUGUUGCCUGAGUUUGUCUCCUGCACACUGCACAGACAGAGCUUCUUCCGUGCUGCUUUCCAACAGCGGACUGAUGGACCUGCUGCAGACAGUCCUCUCGUCCUCCUCCACGCCAACCCUCUCUCCAACAACAUGUUCUUCCUCGGCCCUGUUGUUCUGCUGCCACCUUCUCCUUUCCUCCCUCGUUACCUCUCAGCACAUUCAUGCCACUCCAGUCCAUAAGAAAAUCAGUUGGAGUCUGGAGAGGGCAGUGCAGUGUCUGGUUCUUCAGAAAAGUAACACAGACAGUCUCUUGCUUGUCAGCUCUCUCAGGUUGCUGCAGGCUCUGCUUGAUGUUGACCUGGUGUCAGAAAUGGUGUGUGUGAGUACUGGUCCUGACUUGGUUGGGCCCAGACCCUUGGGGCUCACAGACGGGGCUUUGUACCCACUUGGCUCCAAAGGGGCCCAAAGCCUCACAACUGCUCUCACUGGAUGCCUUUUACAGAAGGAUGAGCUGUUGCUGAGAGCCUCAGUCAACUGCUUGGGCUCCCUGCUGAGUUUCAUCCGCAGGAAGAGUCCCACUACAGCCAAGAAUGUCGUGUGUCAAACUUGGAGACGAUUCCAGUUCGACUGCUUGCUCAACUCAGGAGAGAACUGGCUUUUGCACCCUGCUACUCUCACCCUCAUUACACUUCUUCUGCAGCAUGGCAGUGCAGCCCUGCUGUGGGAUCCCGACCUGCUCCAGGUGAUGGAGGCGGUGGAGAGGAGGGGUGUGACGGAGCUCAGCCACGAAGCAACACAGGCUGUCAGGCUGCUGCUCGCACAGGUGCAGAGUGAGGUCCUGCAGCUGCCACUCACAGAGGAACACAGGCAGAAGGUGAGACGUAUGAUGGAGUCCCUUAAGCCAGAGAGGCCCGCUGAGUUCUCCAACCGCAACGUGAUGUAUCCCUCAGCUAACAUUGAAAUAAACUCACAUGCACUUGUAAAGUUUACAAAACACAUGUUGUGAAGUGACAUGCAGGCAUGCGCUCUCACUCGUACAUGAACAUUUCUUGUGGAAUCUUGCAAACAGCUUGAAACACGCUUGAAGUAUCUGACAAGUGU